GGUUUUUCCGAACGUUGUUGGGCCGACCGUAAUGCGCCCUAGCUUUGUAGAGAAUCAAUUGGCGCCGAAUGCAUUGCAAGUGGCUCAGCAACUGCCACAGCAGCAUCAGUAUUAUACGGCGUCUAAUGGAAGCGAACCAGUGGUGAUCGCGGUUCUGGUCCAACAACGGUUUAACGAAGCUUCUAGCCGAAAAUGCACCCAAGGCCAUCAAGAGCAAAAAUUCGAGAGCUUUUUCGGCCGAAAGAUUGCCAUUGAUGCUAGCAUGAGCAUCUACCAGUUCCUUGUUUUGCGCAAAAUGGAAUCAGAGCAUGAGACACAGAGAGAGAAGAAGAAGAAGAAUCAGUUAUUCUUUCUCCGCCCCGCCGCCUCCCUAACGUUGUUGGACCAGAACCGCGACCACCGCUGGUUCGCUUCCAUUAGACGCCGUGUAAUACUGAUGCUGCUGUGGCAGUUGCUGAGCCACUUGCAAUGCAUGCGGCGCCGGCUGAUUCUCUACAAAGCUAGGGCACAUUGCGGCCGGCCCAACAACGUUUGGGAAAACCCCAUAUCGCAAAUAGCCAGUGGAAGCAUCCGCCGCCAUGGAAACUGGAUGAAGCAUCGGCACCGACGGACAGGUCGAGCUGGGCAGGAAGGAUGUGCCAUCACAUUUAUCUCUGAGAAGGAUGCGAGAUAUGCACCAGAUCUUGUAAAAGCACUGGAACUCUCCGAGCAAGUUGUUCCUGAUGACCUGAGAGCUCUUGCCGAUAGCUUUAUGGAGCUGGCCCAUGGCACUGGCUAUGGGGGAAGUGGUUUUAAAUUCAAUGAGGAGGAGGAUGAAGUGAGGAUAGCAGCAAAGAAAGCACAGGCAAGGGAACAUGGCUUUGAGGAAGAUAAAUCAGAUUCAGAAGAUGAGGACGAAGCAGUUCGAUCGGAAGGCUCAGGCUCCUCUGGUGAGUAAUGAUGGGAAUUGGGAGGUACUUGCCUAGAGAUGAUAUGAAGAAGCUGGAGUUUGUCUAUUCGGUCUACAGACUGUCUUUUUGUUUUUCAAGUGGAAACAAGUUUUGCUCUUUGUAGUAUCACAUAUUCAUACGUUAUUAUAAGGUUAAAUUCAAUAAAUAGUAUAUUUAAUU